AUGGCUUCGUUCAAGGGGAUCCUAAAUAGCAUACUACGACGUCGACAAAGAUCUGUAUCAGAAACGCUUGAGGACAUCGACUCAAACAUUGCAAUUCUUGAAGAACUCAAGGCAUCGAAAGUUUUGAGCGCAAAUAGAGUUGCCUUCCACCUUAUAUUUUAUGCAUCAAUCCUCUACAUCACAGUUGUGGUUAUUUCAUAUUUUCUUGUCCGACCAUCUGGAACUCAAGGAAAAGUUGUAUUUACCAUAUUUAUUGUUUUAUAUCCAUUUAUAGUAUGGCUGUUGAAAUAUUUGGUCAAUCUAUGGUAUUUGGGGAAUCGCAAAUUGAAAUCUCUCAUAAAACAGAAACGACUAAUUUUGGAAGACGUGAUGAGCAAGGAGACAUACAAUAAAACUCAACAGCUACUGAGGCGCUUUGAUCCACUAGGACUUAUCGUACGUGACCAUUUUACUCAACAGGAUGCAAGAAUCGCCAGCCUUGAAGCAGAAACAACGGCGAAGUUGCGUUCCGACCCCGGCAAUUUAACCGCCCAAAACACACUCAAAACCAUACAGACCGGGAUGCAAACUCCACAGUUCUCGAAACCUCCACUUGCCGUGGAGCCGACGACGACGCAGCCUGUUAAGGGCCCAAUCACUCAUCGCCCUAUCCUUCCACGCCACCGAUCGAUACUCGAUAUCGUGUUUGACGCUCUCGUCGGUGACGGACCUGAUCGUCGUUACGCUCUGAUCUGCCAACAAUGUUCCGGCCAUAAUGGAAUGGCUCUUGCGGAGGAAUUUGAAUACAUAGGCGUGCCUCCGAUGGGCCCCUUUCCCUCCGGCCCCGACUCUCCGUCGGCCAUGACGACGCCACUCCCAUCACUUUCCGAGCGCCGCCAACAGAGUAAUUCGGCUCUCAAUCUCACCUCCGUCGGCCGUCUCCAGCUCUCGCCCAUCUCUGCCUCUACGGAGACUGUGUUCACAGAACCACUGCAGCUGCGUCCAUCGCGGAGGCCGCGGCGGGGGCAACAGCUUCCCAAGCUACGCUCUGAGCUGCAUUCCUCCCCCUCCGUCGUGGAUCUUCCUGGGGGGGAAAGCAAAGGGGACGUUAAAAAAACGGAUUAG